CUCCAGCACACUCUCUCUGCUGUUAGUAUGCGCUCGACGUCGCCCAAGCUCGUCAUCUGCGGCCCGCCUGCAGGCGGCAAAGGCACUCAGUGCGAGCUCCUUGUCGCCAAGUUCAACCUUGUGCACCUCUCGACCGGCGACAUGCUCCGCGCGGCCAUUCAAGCGGGCUCACCGCUCGGCAAGGAGGCGCAAGCCUACAUGGACGCCGGGGACCUCGUCCCGGACGCGCUCAUCAUCCAGGUCGUCCUCGCGCGCCUCGAAGAAGACGAUUGCAAGCAGCGCGGCUGGCUCCUCGACGGGUUUCCGCGCACGCAGGCGCAGGCCGAAGCCAUGCUCGCCCAUCGCAUCGUGCCCAGCCUCGUGAUCCUCCUCGACGUGCCGGACGACGAGGUCAUCAAACGCAUCUCUGGUCGCCGCGUGGACCUCGCGACGGGCAAGACGUACCACAUUACGUUCAACCCGCCUCCGCCGGGCGUUGACGUCGUCCAGCGUUCGGACGAUACGGAAAGCACGAUCAAGAACCGCCUCGCCAAGUUCCACGACAACUGCGGCGCUGUCGUCGGCGCGUUCGCCUCUGUCGCAGCGCUCUGCAAGGUCGACGGUAUGCUCGCGAAGGAAGAAGUCUUUGCGACAAUCGAGCGCUGCAUGGCGCCGCCGACCUUUUGGGCCACACUGUGGUCCAAACUUCAGUUCUGGAAGGAAUAAGAUAGCAUUAAUGACAUGGUAGGUUGA